CAUUGAACAUAACCUCCAAGUGGCAUACAGUAUUUUAUCAACUGGCGAUCAUGUCGGACGAAGUAGCAUUGGCUCAAGCCGCUGUACCAACCGAAGAUACCAUCUUUGGGAAAAUUUUACGCAAAGAAAUCCCAUGCACAUUCAUCUAUGAGGAUGAUAAAUGCGUGGCAUUCAACGAUGUGAAUCCACAAGCGCCAGUUCAUUUCUUGGUUAUUCCACGUAAGCCAAUUUCGCAACUUUCAAAGGCACAAGAGGAAGACGAAGCAUUGUUGGGUCAUUUGUUGUUUGUUGGCCAAAAAGUCGCUGCUCAAGUUGGAUUGGAGAAUGGUUUUCGUGUAGUUAUCAAUGAUGGCAAGGAUGGUGCACAAUCGGUUUACCAUUUGCAUCUUCAUUUCUUGGGCAAACGUCAACUCAAAUGGCCACCAGGCUAAUUUCAAUCAAAACUGGAGAACAUCACAUACCAAAUGCAUUUGAAAUUGAUGCAAUUAGCUUCAACCGAAGCCGAUAACUUCAAUAAAAAAAAAGGAAAAAAUCAUUUAAAAAAA